AUGUUUUCAUCACAAGCUUGUUCAAUAUUUCAUGCGAAUCACAAAUUAUCACCAUGUCGAUGGUCAGCAUCGGGUCGAUCACUAACCGGCGAACGUGGUAGCGUUUCAUUUGAUGAACCAAAUCAAUCUCCGUCGCAAUUAUUAUUAAAUAAAAAUGCUCAUCCUAGACGACAUCUUGCUUGUGCACUGACUGCAUCGUUAUUGUUUUUUGUCACUGGUAUUGUUGCAGUUUUCUAUGCGAUUAAAUCCCUGAACUGUGAACGUCACGGCCAUUAUGAACAAGCCUAUGUACAUGCACGACGUUCAUUUUCUUGGUCAAUGGCAAGUUUUGUGGUCGCUCUUUUCUUUUAUCUAGCUAUCGGUCUUGUCGUUUUCAUUCGUACCAUUGAUUAUAGUUAA